AUGGAAAGGUCUGAGAACGCAAUAUGGAACUUUGAGAGUCAUGCCAUGCGCGUGCAUGAUGUGUACCUGCAGUACGAGUGCGGCUACACCGGAGCGCAGCCACACUGGGAUGAGAUGGCGGACGCAGAGGGCGGGCCCUUGAAUCAGUCUGCCGUCUUCGACCCUGUCACCGGAUUCGGAAGCGGCGCCGUGGAUGCAAACGGGUGCAUCACAGACGGGCCUCGUGUGAAUCUCACGAUGCACCUGAACCAGAGCAGCAAUACCGCCAACGCCUGCCUGUCUCGUGAGCUUGACCAGGAGAAUUUCUACUGGGCGAACAGCACUUACAUCGACGAGUGCCUGGUUCUUGAGACGUACGCGGAUGUUUGGAACUGCUGGGGCACGAGCCGCCAUCUUGCAGGGCACUUUGGAGUGGGCGGCACGAUGUUGGAUGUUGUGUCAAGCCCGGGUGACCCGUUCUUCUACUUGUAUCACACAAACCUCGAUCGCUUAUGGUGGCAAUGGCAGUCUGUAGACCUGACGGCCCGCCUCAACGACAUAAGCGGCUCAACGGUUGCGUCGGAUGAGUUCAUCACUCAGAUGGGUCUUGGGUACCCGGGCCGAGAGCUCCUGGACCACGACGGGGGUGAUGGCAACGUGACUACCAUGAACCACAACUUGUGGACUUCGGGUCUACUUCCAAACAUCACAAUAGCAGACGUUAUGGACCUCCAUAGCGACUUCAACUAUGCUGAUUUAGACACUAUUGCAACACCAUACAACCCUGGAGAGCCCAAGAAGGACCCUGAUCUUGUAGCAUGGGACGGCCCAAACGACCCAGAGAACCCCAAGAACUGGCCGAUGGGCAAGAAAUGGGCCACCACGAUGGUGGUGUCGGCCUUCACCUUCAUCUCGCCCGUGUCGUCGUCCAUGGUGGCGCCAGCACUAGGGGUAAUGGCGCGCGACCUCCACAUUCACAGUGAAGUUGAGUCGCAGAUGACGCUGUCCAUCUUUGUGCUCGCGUUCGCCAUCGGCCCGCUCUUCUUCGGCCCCCUGUCCGAGAGCUUCGGCAGGAAGCCGGUCCUGCUAAUCACCAACUUCCUCUACCUGAUGUUCAACUUCGGGUGCGGUUUCUCACAGACCGGGGCCCAGAUGCUGGUCUGCCGCUUCAUGAGUGGCAUUGGGGGUAGUGCGCCUUUGGCUGUUGGCGGUGGAGUUCUGAGUGAUUGCUGGGCCCCAGAGCAGCGCGGCAAAGCCGUCGGGAUAUACAGUCUGGCACCGCUUCUUGGCCCCGUCAUCGGGCCCCUGGCCGGCGGCUUCAUCGCAGAAAAUACCACGUGGCGUUGGGUGUUCUACGCAACGACCAUCGCCGCCAUCGCGAUCCAAUUCGCGGGCGUCUACCACCUGCCCGAGUCUCAUGCCACUAUCAUCCUCGAGAAGCGCCGCAACCGGUUGGCCAAGAAGACGGGCAACCGGAACCUGUACAUCACCAAGGACAAGCAAGAGACGCUGCGCCAGGCCGUCGCCACCUCCAUGGCGCGGCCGACGCGGCUGCUGGCCACGCAACCAAUCGUGCAGCUUGUUGCCCUGUACAUGGGCUACCUGUUUGGCCUCUUCUACCUGAUCCUGUCGACCUUCCCCACCCUCUUCGGCGAGGUCUAUGGCCAACCUCUCGGCAUCAGCGGCCUGCACUACAUCUCGCUGGGCCUGGGCUUCACGAUCGGGGCGCAGGUGAACGCGCAGAUCACGGACCGGCUGUACAAGAGGCUCACAGCCAAGCACUACGAGAAGCUGCAGAAGGAGAGGCCCAUCUCGUGCCACUGCAACUGCUCGUGCCACAACGUGCACCGCAACAGCCUGCUCCCAAUAAUGGCCCCCACGAUGCCGCCCGGGGCGCCCCGAAAGGGCCGCCCGGAGUUCCGGAUCCCGUCCAUGUUCGUCGGGUCGCUGCUCAUCCCCGUCGGGCUCUUCUGGUACGGGUGGAGCGCGCAGGCCCGGCUGCACUGGAUCAUGCCGGACAUCGGCAUCACCAUCUUCGCGGCCGGGUCCAUCACCUGCCUGCAGUGCAUGCAGGCCUACAUCAUCGACUCGUACAUGCGCUUCGCCGCCAGCGGCAUGGCCGCCGUCAUCGUCCUGCGCAGCCUGGCCGGCUUCGGCUUCCCGCUCUUCGCGCCCUACAUGUACUCGGCCCUGGGCUACGGCUGGGGCAACAGCGUGCUGGGCUUCGUCAGCAUCGUCGUUGGCAUCCCGGCCCCGUACUUCUUCUGGUUCUAUGGUCAAAAGUUGCGUUCCAAGUCGAAGUACGCUGUUGGUUGA